GCCGCGGCCUGCCAGCCAGCCCGCCCGCAGCCCGCCCUACCCCGGCCGGCUCGGCUCCUCGGCCCUGCUUGGGGUCCUUUUCUCCCGGUCCGCGCCUGCCAGCCCCCGCUGCGCUGUGCCCUGCCCUGCCCGGCCAGGCCUGGAACCGACACCACCGCCAUCAUGCCGGCCGUGUCCAAGGGCGAUGGGAUGCGGGGGCUCGCGGUGUUCAUCUCCGACAUCCGGAACUGUAAGAGCAAGGAGGCAGAGAUCAAGAGAAUCAACAAGGAACUGGCCAACAUCCGCUCCAAGUUCAAAGGGGACAAAGCCUUGGAUGGCUACAGCAAGAAAAAAUACGUGUGUAAAUUGCUCUUCAUCUUCCUGCUUGGCCACGACAUCGACUUCGGGCACAUGGAGGCUGUGAACCUGCUGAGCUCUAACAAGUACACGGAGAAGCAAAUAGGUUACCUGUUCAUCUCGGUGCUGGUGAACUCGAACUCAGAGCUGAUCCGGCUCAUCAACAACGCCAUCAAGAACGACCUGGCCAGCCGCAACCCCACCUUCAUGUGCCUGGCCCUGCACUGCAUCGCCAAUGUGGGCAGCCGGGAGAUGGGCGAGGCCUUUGCUGCGGACAUCCCUCGCAUCCUGGUGGCCGGGGACAGCAUGGACAGUGUGAAGCAGAGCGCUGCCCUGUGCCUGCUGCGGCUCUACAAGGCCUCACCCGACCUGGUGCCCAUGGGCGAGUGGACAGCCCGGGUGGUGCACCUGCUCAAUGACCAGCACAUGGGCGUGGUCACAGCCGCUGUCAGCCUCAUCACCUGUCUCUGCAAGAAGAACCCAGACGACUUUAAGACGUGCAUAUCCCUGGCUGUGUCUCGCCUGAGCCGGAUCGUCUCCUCAGCCUCCACGGACCUCCAGGACUACACCUACUAUUUCGUUCCGGCACCCUGGCUCUCGGUGAAACUCCUGCGGCUGCUACAGUGCUACCCCCCACCAGAGGAUGCGGCUGUGAAGGGGCGGCUGGUAGAGUGUCUAGAGACCGUGCUCAACAAGGCCCAGGAGCCGCCCAAGUCCAAGAAAGUCCAGCACUCCAACGCCAAGAACGCCAUCCUCUUCGAGACCAUCAGCCUCAUCAUCCACUAUGACAGUGAGCCCAACCUCCUGGUGCGGGCAUGUAACCAGCUGGGCCAGUUCCUGCAGCACCGAGAGACCAACCUGCGCUACCUGGCCCUGGAGAGCAUGUGCACACUGGCCAGCUCCGAGUUCUCCCAUGAGGCGGUCAAGACCCACAUCGACACCGUCAUCAAUGCCCUCAAGACGGAGCGGGAUGUCAGUGUGAGACAGCGGGCAGCCGACCUCCUGUACGCCAUGUGUGACCGGAGCAACGCCAAACAGAUUGUGUCGGAGAUGCUGCGGUAUCUGGAGACAGCUGAUUAUGCCAUCCGCGAAGAGAUCGUCCUGAAGGUGGCCAUCCUGGCCGAGAAGUAUGCAGUGGACUACAGCUGGUACGUGGACACCAUCCUCAACCUCAUCCGCAUUGCGGGCGACUACGUGAGUGAGGAGGUGUGGUACCGUGUGCUGCAGAUCGUCACUAACCGCGAUGACGUCCAGGGCUACGCUGCCAAGACCGUCUUUGAGGCGCUUCAGGCCCCAGCCUGCCAUGAGAACAUGGUGAAGGUCGGCGGCUACAUCCUUGGGGAGUUUGGGAACCUGAUUGCUGGGGAUCCCCGCUCCAGCCCCCCAGUGCAGUUCUCGCUGCUGCACUCCAAGUUCCACCUGUGCAGUGUGGCCACGCGGGCCCUGCUGCUGUCCACCUACAUCAAGUUCAUCAACCUCUUCCCGGAGACCAAGGCCACCAUCCAGGGCGUGCUGCGGGCCGGUUCCCAGCUGCGCAAUGCCGAUGUGGAGCUGCAGCAGCGCGCCGUCGAGUACCUCACGCUCAGCUCGGUGGCCAGCACGGACGUCCUGGCCACAGUGCUGGAGGAGAUGCCGCCCUUCCCCGAGCGCGAGUCGUCCAUCCUGGCCAAGCUGAAGCGCAAGAAGGGGCCAGGGGCCGGCAGCGCCCUGGACGACGGCCGGAGGGACCCCAGCAGCAACGAUAUCAAUGGGGGUGUGGAGGCCACCCCCAGCACUGUGUCGACGCCCUCACCUUCUGCCGACCUCCUGGGGCUGCGGGCAGCCCCUCCCCCAGCGGCACCCCCGGCUCCCUCGGGUGCAGGGAACCUCCUGGUGGACGUCUUCUCUGAUGGCCCAGCCGCCCAGCCCGGCCUGGGACCCACCCCCGAGGAGGCCUUCCUCAGCGAGCUGGAGCCGCCUGCCCCUGAGAGCCCCAUGGCUUUGCUGGCUGACCCAGCUCCAGCUGCUGACCCAGGUCCUGAGGACAUCGGCCCGCCCAUCCCAGAAGCUGACGAACUGCUGAAUAAGUUUGUGUGCAAGAAUAACGGAGUCCUGUUUGAGAACCAGCUGCUGCAGAUUGGAGUCAAGUCAGAGUUCCGGCAGAACUUGGGCCGCAUGUAUCUCUUCUAUGGCAACAAGACCUCUGUGCAGUUCCAGAACUUCUUACCCACUGUGGUCCACCCAGGAGACCUGCAGACUCAUAUCCUCUUGGCCUGGUCCAGCCCUCUGGCGCCAGCCCUGCCCUUCCAGGUGAUGGCAGUGAAGCGAUGCGAUGUGUGUGCCUGUGUGUCCCUGUCAGCCCCCUUCCACGCCCUGACCUCGUCCUCCACCAGGCUCCACACCCAUCAUUCCAGUGCCUCCCUGGGGUCUCGAUGCUGACAGGGACCUAUCUGUGUGACCCAGGUCAGUCACUUUGCCUCUCUGUCCUGCCUCGGAAGUGUAGAGCCUCCUCUUCCUUCCCAUAGGGUCGUUUUGAAGUUCGGUGCUGUUGGAAAGUCCCGGAAGGGCGGCUGGCUUAAAGGGAGUCCUUGAGCUCCUUCACCGACCUUGGUUUCCAGGCCUGUGAAGUUACUGGGGUCAGACCCCAAACGUUGAGGAACUUUUCCAUUCUUUGCUUCAUUCAUCAUCAGCAUUUCCAGAGGCCUGUAGGCUCCGCUUUGUGCUGUGUGUGGGACAGGGGCAGAAGUGAGAGAUGCAUAAGACCCUGUCCUUGCUGAUGGGCUGUUGACAUGAAGGUAGAUGGUGAUAAUAGUGCUGCCACCAUCUUUGUGCACUUACUAUGAGCCAAACACUUUAAUAAGUACUUGUACAAAGUUAUUUCAUUGAGCGCUAAGGACACUACGACCAUUUUGCAGAUGAGGCUAAGUAGCCUGGCCAGAGUCACCGAGGCGGUUAAGAGUUGGACUUCAAACUCAGGCAGCUUCAGAGCCACUGAAGGCCCUUGCCCCCGUAUGGUGUGACACGUGCCGUACUGGAGGCUGCUGAGUCCUUUGCAGAAGGCCAGACAAGGCACAAUGGAGAGGCUUCACUUAGGAAGGACUUUGGAGCUGGGCUUUGUAGGAUGAGUCUGGGAUGGUAGGGCUGCCCCCGGCAGAGGCCUGCCUUAAGGCAGGGGCUGCCUGCAGACAAAGUGCGGAAGCAUCAGGGGUUCAUGCCAGGACCG